CUGAUUGGCUGGCGACGCGAGCGCGGGCGGUGGCGGUGACGGGGGCGGAGCGCGGCUCCCCUCAGCGUCGGGGCCGGGGGGCCGGCGGCUGUGAGGGUCGCCGCGGCGGCAGGGCUGGGGGCCUGUCAUCUUUAGGGGCCCACACGGCGGCAGGAGAUCCCUGUGGCUACAGACACAGCCCAGAGGCCGCAAUAAGCAGGUGGGCAGCUCAGAGACUCCCCUCAGAACCAAGAGAUCUCAAUUCAGGGCUCAGAGAUCCCAACACUGGAAGGUCCAGAUCAGCACAGCUUUAUUUUGGACAUCCCAUUGCCAAAGCGUAGGACGGGGCUGCCUGCAGGUUCUUGUGCCAUCCGGCCACAAACUGUGCGGGACUGUGCAAGCCUACAGGAGACCUUCACACGUGGUGCUCUGCUUGCAGCUGGGGACGAGGGAGGAGCACUUCAGCCUGCUGCUGGAAGCAGUUCCCACAGUGAGUGCUUCUGAAAUUCCUGUUUACACCUGGGAGAGCUGUACACUGUGGAACCAAAGGCUGGGCUGGGAGAACCAGGGAGCUGGAGCCUGCAAAACUCAGCGAGGGCUCAGAAAAGAGGAUGAGGAGAUCAGGGCUGGGAAGAAGUUAGAGUUGUGUCUUAAACUGCAAGCACCCUCCUCCAGGUGUGGCUCUUCUAUGCUUGAAACUGAUCACAACCAUGUCAGCCCAGAAAGACGGAUGGGUUUCUUUCUCUUUCCUCCUCCUGUGUGCUGUCUCCAUUCCAAUGCUGGGAAGUGCAAGUCUGCUGCAGGAGUUGAGCCCCCACGAGUAUUUCAGUAGCUUGCAAGCCAGCAAGGCUUCCCUGGCUUAUUUCACCCAUAAUGUUUCUCCUGGUGCCCAGCCCUUCUUGGAACAGAUUGAAAACUCGGUUGAAGCUCUGCACGACUAUGGCAUUUCAGUGGUGAAGGUUAAGUGUCCCAAAGAAGAUGUCUCAAGAUACUGUGGAAAAGAAAAUGCAUUAAGGAAUGCCUACCUGUUCAGAGGUAACGUGCUGAUCAGAGAAUUCCCCACUGAUGCCUUGUUUGAUGUGAACUCCAUUGUUGCUAAUGUUCUCUUUGCCCUGCUAUUUAACGAAGUUAAAUAUGUUGAAACGCUGAUGGAUCUUCAGAACAUAGAAAAUGCACUGAAAGGGAAAUCAAACAUGGUCUUCGCAUAUGUACCAGCUACGGGAACAGCAGAGCACAGAGCUGUGAUGGAGGUGGCUUUUGUCUAUGGAACUGUCCACCAGUUUGUUCUGACAACUGAGGCGACACUGUUGAAGGAUGCUGGCAGCAACCAGCCAGAUGUAUCAUCUGCCCGGCUGUUGUUCUGCCAUUGCCAGCAGGCCACAGACCUGGCACAGCCCUGCAGGAGGACAGCCUUGGAGCAGGAUCUGACGGUGCUAAACAUCCACAGACACCUCAAACUCAUGGGAGCUCCUCUUGUGACUGAAGUUGCUGAGGACCCAGAGAAAGUUUCCACUGUUCACUUACAGCUUGGGCUACCACUUGUGUUUAUCCUCAGCCAGAAAGAAACCUACGAGGCAGACAGGAGAACAGCAGAGUUUUUGGCCUGGAAACUCCUGGGGAAAGCAGGAGUUGCCAUUUUGUCCAGGAGGGACCGUGUGGAUUUGAACAUUCUGCUGUGGUCAAACGUCGCUCUCAAAACACCGGAUGAGGGAGUGCCAAUCAAAUACCUGGUCUUGGAAGACACUGAGGAAGUUAUAACUCUGGUGGAAGAUAAGAGCAAGGUUAAACAAGUCCAGGAGAAUGAGGAUGAAGAUGAGGAAGAUGAGGAUGAAAAAGAGAAUGACAAUCUAGACGUACAGGAUGAUCAGGUGGUGGAAGCAGUUUCCAGGGACAAGAAGCGAGAGCUGCCCCUGGAUCAGAUCCUUACCCUGACAGAGGACACCUUCCACUCUGCCAUGCUGGAAGCUGCCCAAACAGUGGUGUUGUUUUAUGCCAGCUGGGAGGCAGUGUCCCUGGCAGUGCUACAGUCUUACACAGAGGUGGCUGAUCACCUGAAAGGAACUCAGGGGAUUUUGCUCUCUCGAGUAAACUGCUGGGACUGGCCUGGUGUUUGCACAAUGGAGAAUGUCACUCAGUUUCCUACCAUAAAAAUUUACAAGAAGGGAGAGCAACCAAUAACGUACGAUGGCAUGCUGGGAACUGAAGAACUGACCAGCUUCAUCAUGUUGAGCCGAGUUUCCUGCCCUCUGAAGCUGGCAACGAUGGAUGAAGCAGAACAGUAUUUAAGAGGAGAGCUUCCAUCUGAGCUGUCAUCCUAUCAGCACUCCUUGGUUCUAGGGGUAUUCAGCACAGCCACGAGUAAAGUCAGGGAAGCCUUCACAGAGGCAGGAAGCAUCUUAAGUGGACACGUAACAACAGGGAUGUAUUUCGAAGAUGAUGUCUUGGCUUUGUCCCGUAAAUACGCAGUGUCUCCCCCUGCCCUGCUCCUUGCCAGGAGCAGCAGUCAGAGCGUGCAGGGCAUCCCUUUGGCCAAGCAGAGUGCACAGGACAUCGUGCAGACGAUCAGAUACGAAUUGCUGGACGUUUUUCCAGAAAUCACCGUGCAAAAUCUGCCCCACUACUUGCAACUCGGAAAGCCUUUCCUCAUCGUGUUUAGCGACGGUGACAUCGGUCAAACAGAAAGCAAGGAAAUGCUGAAACUGGCAAAAGGGAGAUCUCAGCAAGCAUUUGUGUCUUGCUGGUUGAACUUGAAGAACACUCCGGUGGGCCGUGGGGUCCUGAAGGCAUACUUUGCCACCAUACCUUCACUGCCUGCUCUUGUCUGGGUGAACCUUCAUGCUGGGGGUCAAGUAUUUAAGUUCCCAUCAGAGCAGUCUAUCACCGAAGUGAACAUCUUGUCUUGGCUGGAGAAACUGAAGGCAGGACUGGAGAUUCCCAGCAGUACCCUGUCUGAGGAAGACUGGAAACCACCUCUUCCUGCUUACAAUUUCCUCCAGAUGAUGGAGGCCGCGGGGCCCGAAUUCACCCUCCGUACCUCCCCUCACCAAGAGGACAGACAGGAGCAGCAGCAGCUGGAAGGCUCCGAAGAGAAAGCCACAGUCAAAGAGGAACCGACUGAGGAAGCUGGGGUGAAAGCAGAGAAAGGCCAGGCCCCUGGGAGGGACCUGCGGGGCACAGCCCCGAGGCUGGCAGGGAGGGAAAAGCAGCCUAAGAGGCACAGUGAGCUGUGAGAGCAGGAGGCGGUGGGACAGUGCCCAGGAAGCUCUCUUGCUUUCUCAGCCCUCGGUGAGCUGUUGCAGCGGAGAGAGAAGCAGGUUUGACUGUCAAUGAAGAGUGGAGGGACAAAAUGGCCCCUAAGUUUCAGUCUAAAUUCUGUGUUGCAGUGUGUUGGUCGUUCUGUGGUACCUGUGAUUUCUGAUAGCAGAAACACCUCCGUAUGACACGUGCACCUCCCGGGUGCAGUCCGUGUUGCAUUUCACAGUAAAUCGUGAGAGCAGGUCUGUACGAAGGCUGCUGCUGAAUUCUGAAGUGUUUAAACUGACACGAGAUUGCUCACACCUGAGUGGUGAACUGAAGCCAUGGGUGCACUCAUUCCCAGGGGUAACAGCAGUACCUGGCUAAAGCGGCUUCAUUAUGAAGAGCUCGGGUCAUCACAACAGCUGUGAGUACCCAAAAUAAAAAUUCGCCAGCGAAGCCCAAGGGCGGGCAGAUUGGAAGAUGGCUUUGCUCAAUGCUGGCAUUUUCUUGGUUGUGAGCCCAGGGGGUUAUUUACAGCCUCUGCUAUUUUCCCUUGGUCUCGGUAGCAGCAGUGAGGUUGGUGCCUUUCGAGCCAAGGAUGGUGCAGGAAAUGAGGUCUGCACAAAGACCGGUAUAGAGAUAAGGGGAGAGAAGCGAGAGGCAAGGCUGGCAGUGCUGGGGACAGGUGUUUGCAACGUGGGGCAGAGCUGUUUCACGUCCUUCUGAUGAUGAGUGGGAGGUUUGGGCUGUGGGGAAGUGGCACUUGAGCCUUUGCUCAUUUCCUUGGGACGAUCCGAUUCCGACAUAUCCGAUUCCGGAUAUGAUGUGGGGAGAGCAGUGUUUUAGGAAGAAAGCCUUGUCUAAUUCCACUAAUGCCCACAGCAGUCUUCCCACUGCCUUUGGUAAACGUCUGCUCUGUUCCACAGCCCUGCUGAGAUGUGUGGGGAGGGUCAGAUCCUCCCCCUCCUUAUGGCUUUGAAGCUACUGGUGAGGGGAAAAAGUGAUGUUAAGGAACUGCUGAGAGCAUUGUGAAGUCUCUCUCAUCCUGCAAGCAGCCCACAUGGAUGGGAAUAUUUUGAAAUGCCAAGGCAUAGGCCAGUAGUCCUGUGUUCUCCAUGAAGCCCAUAAUUGAAACGGACCAUUUUUGGACUCUGACAGGCUCAGAGCCAAAAUGUAUGUAUUUAAAGUAAUGAACUGUAGCAUGAAGUACAGAGUCUUCCACGCAACUGCAUUUUCCCAAGGAAAGGAGUAGGUCAGUGUGCAAGCAGAGCCUCUGCGAGUUCCUAUCAUUCCUCUGCAAAGCAAAGUUAUAACACUGCUCUGUGACCUGUACACGGGUCAUUUCCAGCACUAUGCCAGCGCUGGCAGCUGCUUUCCCUCUUCCUGCAUCACUCUCCCUCUUCAAGGCAGACAAAGUGCAAUGUUUGGACUUUUCACUCGUCUCUUAAAUAAACUCGAGCCCGAGUUCAA